AACAGUGACCUUUGAAUAUUUUAAGUUCCCAUGGGGGUGUGGGGUGGGGGCAAAUGUCGGGGUAUUAAGCAUACACUUCAGUUGUGAUGCAAUGUACCCGACGGCUGUGGUUUUUACCGGCAGCUGCAGGGCGAAAUGUUUUUGGCUGGACCUCAACAGCGGGACCAGCCCUACAAAUGCAAAAUGUCUGUGACUGACUGACUGACUGACUGAGUAAUCAAGUUACACCAUUGGCCGGAUCAUGUGUGUUAGGUCCAGCCAUAUACUAGGUUUUAACCUGGUCUUGUUUCAGAAUUCUUUUCUUAAAUAUCUUUCAUCUGCACUAAAGAGAAUAAGAAAACAAAUCACAGGAAUUUCCCAGAUGUUACCUUGUUUAAAAAUCUUCCGGCAUAUUUGUGAUGACAUCUUUUUAAAAGCAAAUGUGUCUACCAUUUAGGUUUUAUCCCUUGGUUGUUUUUAUACUGUAAAAAGACAGACUGCAGCCACGAAAAGCAGGGCAUUAUGUCUUAAAUAGCCUCUAAUUUCCUAUUGCUUAAAAAUGACCAAAGGGAAUACCGACUUGAGGAAAACUAUUGGUGGUGGUGGUUAUUACUGGGCGGAAGUGCUCAUACCCGUUUGUUCAAAGGUGCAGCCUUUCUCUACGAUGCUCCAAGGUAACUGCCCUACUGUCGUGAUGCCGUGUAUAUUGUUUUGGCUUUUUUUAAAUUUACUACUAACGUCUUAAAGUCGCAAUUCCACUAUUAAGGAUGCAAGCAGGACAGUUUUAACACGACCUCACAUUAACCACAACAAACCUUUACUUGGAAAUGGACUUACCUUUUGUACCACAUUAUGUACAUUUCAUCUUAAAGUUAACACUUGAGUUGUUUAUUUUCGUUGCUUUUAAGUGAAAUAACCUAUAUUUUGAAAAUUAUAUUUGGGGAGCAAGAUAGCAGGGAAUAACACAUGUUAAUACAGGGUAAUAAUGGCAGUGGUCUUUUUUAUUUUGUUCUUUUGGCCUCUGCAGUUGUUUUAAAUCGAAAUGAUUGUAAAUUGAGAGAGUUUUAAACGGUAUUAAAGUUCAUUACCAACAAAUAGUGCGCUUGUGUGCGUUCUUCUCUUAAAUGCCGGCGAUUGCUCAGUCCAAACGGUGAGCUGAGAAGGUCUAGUAACGCACGGAGUUUAUUUGCCGAAUUCGUUCAUUAUAAUCAGCCAGUGACAAAUACAGAAUUGGUUCUUAAGAAGUUAGAAACUGUAGCAAAUCAUUGCUGUUGAUUUCAAGGGUUUUUGUGAGUUCCAACAAACGCUUUUUCAUUUUUAGUUUUUAUAAAAAUGGGAAGGUUAACGACGUAGCCAAAUACUGCGAGACUUGGUUGCCAUGACGUCGUCAACAUUAACAGAGGAACAGUCACUGGAGACUCAUUCCGUCGUGAAAGAGCAGCAGGCAUAAUAUAUUUUUUUAUAACUGCCUCUGGAAAUAGAAUGUGGAAUGGCAAAAAGUCCACCACGCAUCUGGCGGAAACCAGGGGCGGGGAGACCAUUAUACCACCUGCCUUGGCUAGACUCCUGCUUGGAGGAAACUCUGCUGCCUGGCAAACCAUGGCAUAAAGUUUAUAACAGGCUGGCAGCUGCUCUUGCUCAUGAACUCGAAACACAGCUGAGAGACUUUCCCCAAAGCAAGUGCUCAUGGGAGCUUCUUGGAGGCCAUUUCCUGCAGACCUUCUUGCCUGUACUUGCUGAUCAGGCAUGGCAUUCGUGUCCUGAGGGUGAGGGGGCAUCUGUGGAGGGAGAGAUUCAUAAGCUGGUCUUCCUCUGCAAGAGAGCCGUGGAGAGCAGCCGUUGCCAGUGGAGUUCCGAUGGCAGCCAUGUUGCAGCCUGCCGAGAGAUGAUGGAUUUUGUCAGCGAUACCUACAACCUGGUGGCUUUUGAGAUGGAGCACAUGCUGGCUGUGGAGGAGAGAAAGCAUCAAGAACAGGAGGAGCUGGAUGUGGAGGAGGUGGACUCUGCCUGGGCGUUGACAGCGAGGAGACGCCGCCAGUCUGUGGAGAGCAGAUACCUGCACCUGAGCAUGCGCCGGAGUUCCACCUGUCGGAGCAGUAAUACAGAGACUCAGCUUGGGCUGGAGUGUGGAUGGUCCCCUGGUGAUUUUGAGCCAGGGGUGCAGUGUGCCAGUCUUACACCCCCGCCGUUACACUGUGUUACUGCAGAGCAGCGUGCUAGCCCUACACCCCCGCCGUUACACUGCGUGGAGAGCGAGGUGCUGGGUGGGGCCAUCUCCACGGUGCUGACCUCUGACCCUGGACGAAUGCAGGAAGUGUGCAAGAGGCUCGGUGGCCGGAUGCUGACAGUCUCCCUGCGCAGAUCAGUGUGGUUAGACAAGCUGCUGAGGUUACAGCCGUUCAGUUCUGACUCCACCUGGAGCCUGGAGAGGAGGGAGAGGGAGCGGUUUGGCCGGGCUGUGGAGCGCAGAGUGGCCACUCUGAAACUGAGAAGCGCCACUCACUCUCCUGUCUCUGGCCUAAUUGAGAAUGCUGUGGUGGAGGCCUAUGAACAGACCCCUUGCAUGCAGGCUUUUGCCACUAGUGAGCGGAUGAUCAGUGAGAGCUGUAAGGCCUUGAAUAUUCUAUAUGUGCACAGUGGGGUGUACCAGCCUUGCCUCGUCCACUGGCUGUUUCCCCUCCAGAUUGCAUUUCAACAGACCGCCACCAAAGCCGAACACUGCUACGAGCUGUCCAUGUACCUGCACCUGCUGACUCAGAGGCUUUUUCCGAGCGCAGAGGAGGUCCUGGCCAUGGGCGAGUCUGUGAUGAGGCGUCUGCAGGAGCACGACCCCAAUCUCCACACUCACUUACAGCACUGCGCCUCCACCAACACACUCCUGGACCCCAAGGAUUAUGCUAUUGAGUGUCUGGCACGAGAGAGGGAGAAGGUUCUGGAAGCUCUGGACAUCACCGGCACAUCCGAUGGACACCUGGCCGCCACUAGGAAGCUCCUGGAGAAUCCUGCAGUCUUCCUUCGCAAAUGGAUUGGAGAGGGCUUGGUGGGUGUGCUGGACCUGCCUGCGGUCCUGCUGGUCUGGGAUCAGCUCUUCAUGCAGGAUGGGAGCAGGAGAGUGAUGGAGGAUUUCUGCCUCACCCUGCUGCUGCUGCUCCGGAAGGAUCUGCUUUCUGCCUGUGAUUACCCAGGCAUGAGAGAGGUGCUGUUGGUCCACGCCAGCCACCUGCUCACGGCUGACAUUCAGCGGGCUUGGAUUCACCUGCAGCAGGGGGGUGUGGCAGACGACAUUCCAGGGUUUAACAGAUCAGACACAAGGUUUCUUUGUGGACCCUUUCCACAGGAGUCAGCACUACAUGGCCUCUUGGAGCUGGGGUCUGAAAUCCAGGUAGCUGUUUUUGACCCUUCCAAAGAAGCCCCAAGCCUGGAAAAAACUGUGGGUAAUCUGUCUUCUGAAGAAUCUUCAUUUCUGUAUCCCCCCUGGAUCGCCCACAAUCCUUCACUCUCUGUUCCUCACCAAUCCACUGUCCAACAGCCUUUUGACCUAUAUAUUGACUCAGUUCAUUACAUCCCUGACAAUGCCACCAUUAUAAAGGUGAUAGGCUGGUUCCUGCGCUCAGCGUUUGAGGACCUGCCUGACAUCGUGGCUCUCCCAGACCUCAGCUCUCCAGCCAGGAGCCCGCAGUUCCACUUUCACCUGACCGUGAAUCCAAGCAGCCAGAUGACCUUUGACCCCAACAUGCUGCUGCUGUUGCAAGUGCAAACCGUCUGUGUUGACACUGGAGAGCUGCGUUUGAUAGGUUGGCCUAAAACAUCUGUUCAGACGAUACCCGUCAGUGCUGCGAAAAUUUAUUUUCUGUUUCCAGGAAGCUGCAUCAUGCGGGUAUUUGAUGACGAGGGCAGGCUGACCGCUGGAGGGCACCAGUGCCCGCUGCGCCCAGGGGUGCCACUGAAGGAGGAGGCCCUGCUCACCGAGUCCGCUCUCCAGCAUCAGCCUGCGGUUCCCAGCACCACCGUCCUGUUCCGACUGUUACCCCACACACCCGAGUUUGUGCCAGCUCCGGACUACCGGAGCGGAUUUUAUCUCACUGACCGUGCCAAACCUAACAGAUCCGAACUGGAAAUAAUCUCCACGUUCCGAAAGGACAGAAGCUUCCCUGAGACUGUGCAGGAGAUGGUGAAGGAACAGGCGGAGAAGGAGGGGGCUGAUGUUUCUCCUGAGCAGGCCCCAGCAUGGUUGGAGCGCAGGCUUGGUGCUAGCGAGGGGAUGCUAUCCCAUCCGUCCCCAGCGCACCUGCCCGUGCUGCGGAUGCUGCGCUAUCGACAGCAGGCUGGAGUCCGUGUCCGAGUCACACAGGCCUUCGGGCUCCCCGGUGGCCUAUACGUGAAUGCAUUCAGCAAGGUCCUGAAAGGCACCCUCCAGGUCCCGGAAUGUCCCCAGGGCUGGGGUGGGGAGGAGAGCUUCCUCACUCGUCGUCAUGACUUCAGCAGUCUUCAGCGAGCCCCUCGGUGGACCGACCAAUCCUCCGUCCUGCACCCGUAUCUCGACCCCCAUACGGUCCUGCUGGUCAGGCUGUUUGCACUGGACGCAGUGUACCGGCCUGACCCCAGUGGCCAGGGGUGUGGCACAGUAUCUGCUCAAACCAGGGGCCGGCUGUCUCAGCUUGCAUGGACUGUCAUUCCACUGUUCGAAGGGCCUUACGCGAGCAGUGGGACUCAUUAUGCACCAUUGUUCCAGGGCUCCCCAGGCAAGGGGUUUCUGGGGUCUGUGAGUUCCUGUCCGGUGGAAGAGGCCACAGCGGGACACUUAAAGAGCCGGACCCUGAAGCUUUUGAAAGGCGCUGCGAGCGUGGCAGUACAGGUUUGGGAUGGGCAUUAUCUCGACGAUGAACGCCCCGAUCUGCCUGUGCUGGAUAGCCUUCUGCCUGUGGACAAAAAGAAGAAAUUCCUGAAGACUCAGUCCAGCAGGUCAGGACCGGAGAUGUCCCAGUUGGUCCUGCAGUCUCUGAGUCGUAAGAUCAGGAGGAAGGGACGGGGAGGUGCAGAGUACCAGAGAGAGGAGUCCUUCUACGAGGAGGCCAUGGGCUCCUCCUUCUGCUCUCUCAUGGGCACCUCACUGAUGGAUGCAGGCUGUGGACCUCUCUGAAGUAGGCAAGGGCCAUGAACUCAAGCAGAAAUAUGUGCGUUUCAUUUAUCAGCACAAACAAUCAGCUGAAUUGAUCCCAUGGCAGAGGAAUGGUAGUUGAUCAGUUUGUUAUGCUGAUUUCUAGAAAUUCCAGAAAUUAUUUUGAGUGAUUUCUUGCAUUUAAACCAAAUCAGAAUCAGAAUCAGAAUCGGGUUUAUUGCCAAGUAGGUUUACACAUACAAGGAAUUUGUUUUGGUCAGGUGGUGCGUAACAGUGAACAUAAAAUAAGAUAAGAUAAAUAGAGUAAGAGUGCAGUAAAAAACAUAACAGACAUAACAUAACAUAACAUAACAUAACAUAAACAUAGUACAAAACAAUAACAAUAGUGCAAGGGGAUAAAGUGGUUUGCAAGGGGAUAAAGUGGUUGGGUUGGGUUUUUAAAGAAUGGAUGUGGGUUUUUAAAGAAUGGAUGUGCUCUACAGCAGCCUUUGGGGAGAGAAGGUGUUUAAACACUGGUGGCAGUAGUAGCUGCAGUUGGUUUGUGCUGCGUUGCUCUGAAGCCAGUGGGUGUCUUACUGCAUGGUGAGUCAUAGGUUCUGCUCAGUGAUGUCAUCAUGUUCAGUAGAAACGGCUUUUUGGGAGAACAGAAUGUUGUCUGAGAAAAGAGCGACACAUGCGACUUACAGGUGAAUGUUGCUUACACGUGUGCAUUACCUGGGUGUUAUAUUACCAAACAAUGCUGUUUGAGGCUUGUGGUGCUUUUCCAAUUCCGUAAAAAAGGUAACCCACCUACUAUCCCUGUAUGCCCAUGUUAACAUGUCUAAUGUAAUAAAUACAAUAUUUCCAUUCA